CUCAAGUUCGGACUGAUACAAGAACUGUCCACCACGUCCAUUGCGACAUUAGUCUUGUCUUUUCCAAUCCGGAAAAACAAGUACAGGAUUACGAGGCGGCCAAAAAAUUCUGCAACAACCACAAAAAUGUUUUCCCGAACGGCGCUCGCCAGAGCCUUCGCACUGCCAUUCGAGCAGUCCGCCCGGCCUCUCAACACCACCUUCGGGGCCUGUCUGCGUCAAGCAUCCACGACGACCACGACCUCGCAAUCACACCCUGAGCAGCCCUCAGAACCACUAAGCGCAACCCCCCGCGCUCAGACCAGCACACCCAGCCAACAACCAUCCACCUCCACACCGUCGAAUACCAUCCCAACUUCCAAACUCCCCGUGGCUCCGACCUUCACCUCCCCGUUAAAAGUGACCAAAUCCCUUCUCGAGAAGUUGCCGUACCUGACGACUCAAAAGCCACACUACAUCACUGCUCACCUCCACGACAACCCCUACCUUCUCACUGAAGGUGAUCACCUCCGUCUCCCUUUCUUGAUGCCCAAGGUGAAGCCCGGGGAUGUCAUUCGUUUCAACCGGGCGUCUGUUCUGGGAUCUCGCGAGUUUACGCUCAAGGGGGCACCGUACAUCGACGAGCGGCUGUUUGAGUGCCGAAUGCGUGUUAUGGGAGUGGAUUCGGAGCCAUUGCGGGUGAAGGAGAAGACGAAGCGCAGACAGCGACACGUGAGAAAGGUGCGCAGCAAGCACCGGUAUACCCUGCUGAGGGUGAUGGAUGUCAAAGUGAAGACUGCGGAGGAGUUACUGGAGGAGGGUGCUGUUGUUGUCGAGGAUGGACAGGAUGUGGAAGUCAAGGCAUAAGUGGGUUCUCCAUUCGAAGGAUACUCAAUAUGAAUAAUGGAGGAUGGGGAGGGGUAGAGAAAACAUUUGCAUUGGAGUUCAGCACUUCAGGCUACGGCUGGAUGGAUCACGAUGAUCUUUUGGUCUUGUUCGAUAUCUGUUUAUUGGGCAUUGAGGCAACAUGUACAGAUAGAUUUUGUGCACAUUGGAUAGUGCAUUGUAUUGUAUUCUAUAUUGGAAUUUGAAUGUUUAACUCGAGC